AAUUACCUUAUAGUCCACAAUCUUGAUACACAUACUCUUUUGCUUCCGUAAACUGAGUUCAACGUAUAAUAUUUUAUAAUUAUUCCAUCUGCUUAUAAAAAUCGAGCCUCAGUGAGUUUUAAAUCAUAUUGUCUAGAAACGACCUCAAUAAUAUACAAAGUUUGUACAUACAAAUUAUAUUUGUUACAAAACCACAACCAAUUUCCAGUAUUCGAGCAAAUCCUUCAAUUCGAACUUCGAUUAAAAAGCUGUUCUUAAAAAUUUACAUUUGAAACCGUUCGUUGAUUAAAUGACCAGCCGAAGGCGUACUCAAACCCCUGCCUCUCAAAAUAAAGAGAACUGGCCCUAUCAAACACCUAAUUACGGUCAAGAAACUGGCAAAGGAGAAUUUUCCAGCGGCAAAUUUGGUCACAAUGCUAAUGAAACAGAUAGUUUUCGAGAUAGAACAAGAGAAUUUCAGUCAGUUGCUAGAUCUAUUUUCUCAAGAAAAUUUAAUGGGCAUGUUCAACCUCUACAAUCUGCAAAUAAUUUGCUUCAAAGAAGCCAAUUCAUGAUGGCUGCUAGUAAAAUAGGAGGAAAUUUAGCAUAUUCAACUGAUAAACUAGAGAAAUUAACUUUCCUGGUAAAUAAUGAAUCAUUGUACGAAGAUUAUAGUGAAGAAAUACGGAAACUUACAUCAAUUAUCCAAAAAGAUAUAACACAGUUAAAUAGCGAAAUAGAAUAUUUACAAAGAAUAUCUGCAGAAUCACGACAAGGAGGUAAGCAUAAACAGAUGCAUACCAGUACAAUUGUUAUUAUAUUACAAUCGCGUCUUGCAAGAAUGUCAGGAGAAUUAAAAAAUAUUCUCAAAAUAAGAACGGAAAAAAUAAAAGAAAGACAAGCAAAAGAGCAGCAUUCUAAUCGUUCUAUAGAUUCUAAUCCAUCACGUAAUUCUGUUCAGGAUAAAAAAAGCGCGUAUGUUAUGAGAGAUGAAGCAGUUUCUGACAAUGGCCAAGUUAACAUAGAUAUGGGAAAUUCGCCGUCUCUAUCUCCUUAUAAUAACACCAUGGAACAACAAGCCCAAGCCUAUAUGAGAGCCAACCAGGAAAGAUCCGACGAUAUGGUCAAGGUUGAACAAGCAAUUGUUGAUAUUGGUGGUAUAUAUGAAAGAUUAGCUCUAAUGAUUCACGAGCAAGAAGAAAUGGUUCAAAGGUUGUAA